AUGAAGGUCCCCCGAGGCAAUGGCACCCAAGGCGAGGGCACAGGCACACCUCUGCCAAAGGAGACGCUUGACAUCCUCAACGCCGUUGACUUUAGUGGUAAAACAAUCUUGGUUACUGGAACGACUCAUGGCCUUGGAGAAGCCAUCAGCAAGCACGUUCUCAUCCGCAAGGUUGACAGAUUAAUCAUGGGCGUCCGAAAUGUGCCCAGAGGCGAACAAGUCAAGAGGCAGCUCCUCAGUGACCCGGCCGUGGUGGCUGCAAAACCCAAUGCCAAAAUUGACGUAUUCGAGCUUGAAAUGGAAGAUUACAAGAGCGUGCAGGCAUUUGCUGCACGAGUAUACGAGACGACGCCUGCUUUGGACGUCGCCAUAAUGAACGCAGGCGUUGGAGGUGCCGAAUAUCGUCGCGCAAAGUCGACUAACCAUGAGAAAAUACUACAGAUUAACCUCUUGUCAACUGCGUACUUGGCAAUAAAAUUGGUACCUUUACUCGAGAAAGCAGCAGCCUCAAAUAACGGACCAGGUCGCCUUGUCCUAGUCGGCAGCUACAGACAGUUUGAGAGUGAGAUUGCCGAAAAGAAGCUCACGCGCAAAAUAAUUGAAUACCUUGACGAAAAGGAGAAAUUCGACCCCAUUCGGAGAUAUAAUGAUGUCAAACUUCUUCUCGGUUUAGUUACCAAAGAGCUAGCCAGCCGCCUCGACAAGAGUAAAGUCGUUGUCGUUGAGCCUACUCCGACAUGGACUUGGAGCAACUUUGGAUCCAGUUAUCCUGAUGGCCCAGGAAAAGAUUGGGCCUUUCAGGUAUUGAAAGAGAGAGGUCUGUCAUCAGAAGACGCUGCGUUGCAUUAUCUCGUUGCUAUCGUCGGCGACGAUGACGUUCAUGGCCAAUUUCUCGAUGAUAAUACGAUUGCUCCCCGCCACCCCUAUACUUCGACCUCGGAAGGGGAGAUUCUGCAAAGAGAGCUGUGGAAAGAUUUGGUGGAAGAGUUUAGAAAGUUUGAUGCCUCAAUUUCUACAGUCUCUGUCGUCAAUCAGUAA